ACUCUGAGUUUUCUAAACCGGCUUCCUGAAAUAGGGCCCAGGUGUUGUCACCAGUAACACAGUAAAAUGGACCGUGACAGUCAUUUUAUGAAGAGUUUCAAUUUAUGGUUCAUGGCGCUUGCACACAAACUAGACAAAGCUAAACGUUCACGACAACCACGAGCUUAGACUGAAGUACGACGUCUCUCGUGGUGGUCCUUUGACGGAGCGAGCAGUGUAAACACGUCUGCACAGACACGCCGUACACUGCUGCACAGACAACUGGAUGAUGACAUGGUGAAAUAAAUCCUGCAUGUAAGCUUUAUGAACUCUUUCAGUGAAACACUGAGUGACGCGUUUACUGGCGCUCAUAAAUGUAAGUGAUGAUCCAGUGAUGAAGGACCAGAGCUGUGCUCGAACCAGGACUCACCUGCUCCGGAGAGAGAGACAGACACUUGGUGACAAACUGAUGAGGCUCCGCGAUUAAACGUCACUGAGAGCGGAAGCCCGGCUGUCACAUGCUUGUCGGUCCGCCUCCCCCGUCCUCAGUCGGAGUCUGGACGCCGAGCAGAGAACAUGUCUGGGUGCGACCGAGUGAUCUUUGAGGCCACUAGGCUGCUGUGCGCCGCCGGAGGAGCUCUGCGGCUCCCGCAGCUAUACGAGGAGCUGCGGCGACUCUGCCGUGUCUCCGAGGAGCUCCUCUGCAAGCUGGUCUAUGGGCAUCCCCGCUUCCUGAUGGUCCGCGGGCCGGAGACGGAUGGCUGGCUACGCCCCGAGGACUGCACGGUGCUGGCGCAGACGUCACUGCGCGUGUGCGUGAGCCACCGGCUCGGGGAGCCGUGCGCAGACUGUGACCAACUGCACCUUUGCAGAUUCUACAUCUACGGAACCUGCAAGUUCGGCAAGGGCAG